CGUACAGCGUGCAGCAGGCAGGCAGGCAGGCACAAGCCGCUGGGCGCGCAGGAGAAGCCGCAAACGCAUUUGAGCAGCCGCUAUACCUGAGACCGCGCGCAGAGAGCACAGGGCAGCCCGGGGAACUUGAGUGUGCACGAGGCCAGAGAUCCAAAAUGGGAGGCAAGCUCAGCAAAAAGAAGAAGGGAUACAAUGUAAACGAUGACAAGGCCAAAGAAAAGGACGCCACAGCAGAGGGGGCCUCUGCCGAGGAGAGCGAAGCACCGAAGGACAACAAAGACGAGGCCCCGGCUGCCGCCGACACUAAGGAGGUAGCAAACGACACGGCGGCCAAGGAGGCGCCGGCAGCAGACGCUGCAGCGCCCAAAGAGGAGGAAAAGAACGCCACUCCCGCCGCAAAGGAGCCCGAGAAGCCUGCCGCCAACGUCGAGCCCAAAACAGAGGCGCCCAAGAGCGCAGAGCCCGCCAAGGCCGAGGAGAAACCAGCCGCCGCCGCGGCCCCGGCCAAAGAAUCGGCCCCCGCCGCCAAGGAACCCGAAGCUAAAGCCGCGGCGGCACCUGCCCCGGCGGCAGAGAGCAAAGAUGAGGCCGACGCCAAAAAGACUGAGGCCCCCGCGGCACCAGCAGCCAAAGCCGAGGCGGCCCCCGCUGCCUCCCCUGACCCCAAGCCCACAGAGGCGGCGGCGGCGGCGGCAGCUCCCGCGCCAGCAAAGGAGGCCGCCGCAGCCCCUAGUUCAACACCAGCCGCCGAGCCUCCCGCCAAGGAGGCAAACGCCACAGAGGCGCCAAGCAAGGAUCAAACCGUAGCAGUUCAAGAUUAAUGGACAGCUUCUUUUCGGAAAUGAAAAAAAAUAAAAAUUUAAAAAAGUACCUAACUCAACGACGAUGAAGAUUAAAAAAAAAAAAGGGAAAAAAAUUUAAAUUAACUAGCCCACCCAUAUUAUGAUGAUAACAAUAAUGAUAAUAAUUGUAAUGAUAAAGAUUUGAUUGAUUGAUUGAGGAUGGAGGACUGGAGAAACCACAUGGGGAAGUUUCCCACCGCUGCAGAUGAUUAUUGCCAUUAUUAUUGUUAUUAUUUUAUUCUAUUUUUUUCUGCUGUAGUAUUUGAACUUUGAUACGAGUCUGUGUCGGCCACGCGCCUCGCCAUUCCACAUCCAUCAUCCCCCCCCUCCUUCACAUGUCAAGACGCUGACCAUGACUCCCAUCUCGGCUCAGUAGGCCUGCGUUCAAACAUUCUAGCAUCUGUGGAUGCUAGAAUAUCAAAAUUUUGGGGGAAUGGGACAUAGAGGAGUGGGGGGGUGGGGGGAUGUUGAGAAAUCACUUUACCAGCUGGACUUCCCAUUGAAUCUGUCCACUCUUCAGCCCUCCCACUUCCACUCAUCCUCCUCCUCUUCAGAGUAUCAUGCUCUCCGCCUGGUACCUACAAUUUUUCUUAGACGUGAAAUUGUGGUUAUGUCCCUUUUUUUUUUUUUUUAAACCUAUCCCCCCCCUCACUUUUUUUCAUUAUUGUUGAGUUGUGUUGCUACCCAUUUUACUCUUGGGGUUACACGCCACUUUCUCUGUACGGCUAAAAAAAUGGUAAGACUUUAAAUCUUUUGUGAGAGCGAAGAAUGCUCAGGCUUUCUAAGACAUUUCGGAGGUUGAGAAAGGCUGGCUUUUGCAGAGCAAAACACAUUCUUAGACGUAUAUACGUAUUCGUGGGAAUUUUUCAGAUAAACUUCUAGAUUUUGUACUGAAACCCUUAGGUAUAUUGUAAGUGAACUAAGUGGUUUUUUAACAUUUGUAAUACGCUUAUAAAGUCUGCAAAAGCCGCGCUAAAAAAGAUCUCAGUGUUUCUUAGAAAGUCUGGUAGAAGUCUCCGAUCCUCCAACGUAAAUCUGAUGACAAAUUUUAACAGAAUAGGAAGAUUUUUGUUUCAAAAGACAUAUCUACUGCUGACCUGGGUGAGAUAGGCUAGAGUAAGUUAGGUUUUGCUUAAGAAUACCAAGUUGGUGACGUUUACUGCAUCAUUGGGGACGUCAGGAGUUAAGCUCUUUUCUGUGAUUGUCUUCAGUUUCCGGACUGUAUAGCUGGAAAAAAUAAAUAAAAAAUGACUCAAAUCCUUCACUUGCUAAAGUAAAUGUUCCACAAAGUAGACAUAUACUAAGAUAUACUGUAAGUAAAAGUCCUACUUUCUACAUUCUACUUAAGUCGAGGAUUAGCAGCAAAAUAUACUUAAGAAACGAAAGUAUAUUGCAAAAGUAUUCUGAUAUAGUGGACAGUGAUGGAGAGUGUUAACACGUGCUUACCACAUGUUGCAUUUGUAAAGAAAAUCACAAAAUGAGAGGAAAAACCCUCAAGAUUUUGGAAUUCAAAUUUUGCGGGGUUUUGCGUACGGAAAAAUGUACGCACGCCAAUUCGUACGAUAUUCUACGAAAUGAGGCGGCCGCCGGCCGGUCACGCAACACCGGCUACAGAGCUCCGCAAGAUGACGUCGUAUCAGCGGCAGUUGCCAGUUGAGUUUAGCUGACAAAAAAAAGGUGACUGUGAGCCGGGUACGGAGCAACCGCGAGCUGCCGGUGGUUUUCGGGCGGACAUUACAGUUAAGUUCAGCCGACAAGAAGUGAGCGUCAAGCUGCGACGACGAAGUUUUGGCACCAAAACAACUAGUUUUGGUUUAAAAAACACUCCCGACGAAUGAAAACACAGGUUUCGUGGGUGAAAGUUUUUUUUGUUUUUGCCAAGAAGUGAACUCCAGCCCCAGCUUAAAAAUCGCUCUGCGUUACUUUUUGUAGCAUUAUGUACAAAUGGUCCAUGAGAACAGCCCGAUUAUAGCAGCAACAUCAGUACAGCAGUCUGUCCCGUGGAGCCGACCUCACCAGUUUGGUAUCGAUGCAGCUGAAAACACCCAGGUCUGUAAAAUCCGUGUAGCUCCGUGACUCUCAGCAGUCUGAUCCCCGUCAGCAAACCUACUCGAUCUACUAUGGUCCGUGUUCCUGUGGCAGCCGUACGCGACACUAUCAUUAUGGGAUGUAAAAGCCUUGCACAUAAAAAGGGAGCUUCUGAUUUUGUCAUUUUUCACCCCUCAUGCAUUUAUCCUUUGCUUUUUUUUUUUUAAAUAUAUAUUACGUAUCUGUACAUACAUGCAGCGGUGGAAGAAACUUUACUCAAGUUUAAGCAAUAUUACUCCAUGGCAGCUCUGUGUAGUCGCAUAUGCUUCAGUAGAAAAGUAUCCAAGAUAAAAGGACAGACAGGGAAGAAGAAGAAGAAGAAGUUGACUGUUGUCAAGCUUCAGGAUGAGAAGAAAGGAGCUUUUUAUACGAGCUGAAAAGGGAAAAGAAGGAAAUAUGUAUUGUCAGAUUGAAAGAAAGGAGAAACAGAAACAAGGAAAGAGGCGACAGAGAAAAAAAAAUGAAAGAAGUCAACAAGAAAUGAAAGAUGUAAAAAAGGGCAAGAAAUGUGAUAUUUCAUAAUCUUAUCUCAUGAUUAAUGGAAACGUUUUGAACGUAAAUGUCGCAAUUUUAAAAAACACGUUUUUAACGUUGGUUUGGUCAUGAUUAGGUACAAAACCUACUUGGUUAAGUUUAGAAAAAGGAUGGAGAUUUGGGUUAAGUUCAGACGUUACUUUACUUACGGUUACGUAUGUAUCGGAACUUUUACAAAAACAUAGGAGAAAGUCCCUCUAAAUUUAUUGAAGUGUUUCACGAAAUAAGGUCGAGUAAAGUACCAGCACCCUAAAAUUGUAUUUAACUUGAGUGCUUGAGUAAAUGUACUUUCCUAGUUUCCACCUUUGCAUAUAUGUAGGUAAACAUGUAUAUAUUUAAAAUCACCUCAGCCAUCCAUUUUUACAAACUUUUCAGUUUCAUCCAACUGACACGCAGCGUUUUCCUCCCAGCACUUGUCAAACUGUAGCAGAAACGAACACUCGAGGAGCGCUGUGUGCCACUUGGUUCAGUUUUCUUCCUCUCUUGACUCAGUAAAUUGCAUGUCUGUGGUUGGGUGAACCUGUAGUCCUGUCUUUUUGGUCAAGUGAAAAAAAAAAAAAAAAAAAAAAAAAACUUAUUUCUCAGUCUGCAUCCAUCGCAACUACAGUUGAUAUUCUCAUUCUCAUUGUCUCACCACUGCUAUAUUUCCACACCACACGUUCAUUCAAAAACAAAAAUAAAGAUGAUAUGGAAAAUUGAUGCAUUCAAAAUUAUAUGUACUUGUAUAAAUGGUGCAACAGUAAUAAAAUGUAAGAAAUUGACUGAAACUUGA